GAAGGAACGGGAAGUCUGGGGCCUCACACAUUUCAAUGUUUAUGCUCCGGAAAACGGUUUUGUUUACAAACAACAUUGAUGCAGUACUAAAGCUGAUAUGUCUAAGAUGUCGAGGAGAAAACAAUCGAAGCCUCAACACAUCUCAAAUGGCUCCGAUGAAGAAGAUUCUCCUAGUACUGCACAGACCUUAAAGGAUGAGAACACCAACAGUGGUAAGACAGAUUCCAAGUCUACCGACCCAGUCAUCAAGUUCGUCAGAGUAACCCGAAAACAGGCCCAGCUCCUUAAAGCCAAUGAGGAGAAGGAUACUGUGACCGACCUGGAGGAUCACAAGGUGAAGGCCACGAAGGAAACUAACAACAACGACAAGCCUUUAAGUGAGACUGAAGCUGAAGAUAGUGAACAAGAGGAUACCACUACGGAUCCCCCUGAACAAGACCUGUCAGAACCGACUCCCAAGACGACCAACCAUCAGCCAAUGACAACAGACCACCCAAGACUACGGGACCGAACCUGUGAAUACUGUGGCGCCGUGAAACCAACUCCCGCUGCUCUUGCCAGACAUCUUCGGAAACACACAGGAGAAAGACCGUUCGUGUGCCAGGGGUGCAACAAAGCCUACAAGGCCAAACGAAGCCUUCAGCUCCACCAGCUGACAUACCACCCCGAGCUGGUCAACAAGCCGCCGCCGUCAUCACAACAGGCUGGCGCUGGAGUCUCCCUCUGCACCUCGUCACUGUUACGGGAAGCCCUAGAGAGCCGCAUCAAGCAAGACCUCACCAACUACUCAGGACCGCACCUCGAUGAGACAACCGGGGAGUUCGUAGAGGACGCUGACGGACAGGAAGUGAACCACGUCCCAGAGCCCGUGGAGAAAGACCGGGAGAAAGAACCCGUCUCUAUGAUCGGAGCACUGCUUUCCAAGACGGUCAACAUGCCCACUGUGCACAAGAUAGCGUAUGCAGCAGAAGGGCUUAAGUAUGAAGAAGAAGAAAGCGCUGAGAAGCUGAGCAACCGAACCUGUAACAUCUGUGGGAAAGUGUGCUCCAAACCAUGCGACCUCAAGCGGCACAUCCUCAUGCACACUGGGGAGCGCCCAUACAAGUGUGAGGUGUGUGGGAAAUGCUUCAAGGCCAAGGCCAGUAUGCUGUACCAUCAACGUGCAGCUCACAACAUGGCCGUUGAGCUGAGUCAGGGCCUGGAGGAGCGCUAUCUACGACUGAAGAAUCGUGCUCUCAUGAAGUCUCUGCAGGUCCAGGACCAGAUCCUGGAGCGGGAGCGAGCACUGCUGGCAGCUGCUGGGAAUGGAGGCCAGGAUGUUGAGGAACUGGACGAUAUGGAGGAAAUAGAUUCUGAAUUGGCAGAAGUUAACUCUAGCUCAUCCUGUAAUACUGACAAGUGGAUCAAAUACAACGAUGAUUUCACCCAGAAUAUUAACCGACAGAUUUCUAAUACAAGUGAAGGUUCGGUAAUUGAUGAGGACAGUUUGUUAAAUGACUCUUUAGAAAAUGGCCAUGAAGGGACUAUUGUGGAUGAUGGUGAGUUUACGUGUAGCAAGUUACGUAUACGCAAUGAGACUGUGAUUGUAACCAGACUGGAUGGCGUUGACUCUGCAACUGGGAAGGAGGUUACAAUGUUUAAAUGCUAUAUAUGUGGGCGAAUGUUUAGCUCGCUUAGUCGUGUACAGUGCCACCUAUCGAUGCACUUUGAGCUGGAGAUCACUACAUACCAGUGCAAGUACUGUGAUGCUACCUUCAAACACAAGUCACUCAUGGUGCAGCAUGUCCUCAAGCACAAGAUAAAGGGUGAGAAUGUGGACGGUACUGACAAUGCUUUGUCCGAUGAAGAAGACUAUCAUGUGAAGGAAGAACCAAUGGAUACUACAAAUGAAAAUUCAGGCAUAAGCCCAUCAUCAGAGUCUGACAAUACCAAAGUGAGAAGUGAUGGAUCAGAAACAUCCCCCGAUUUGAACCAAUUGAAGCCAAACAGGUUUAAUGGUGUACAUGAAUGUAAAUUUUGUCGUAAAACAUUUUCUCGUCAGUUUCUGCUGCAGCGACAUGAGCGCAUCCACACUGGGCAGAAGGCAUUCUACUGCAAGGAGUGUGGGAAGGGAUUCAGCGAGUCGGUAAAUCUGUCACAACACAUGAGUCUCUUCCAUGCUGACUCCACCCUGGGUAAACAAGGGACCAGAGGUUUUAAUAGGGCCAAACAUCGAUCUUUGCUCAGAAUUGCCUACUGGGAUAAGUUCCCUGGUCGGGCCCCUGAUCAGGAAGGGGAGCUAGACGAUACAGAACCAGCCACUCCAGCUACUUCAGCCACUCCACCAAAGCAUUCAGAAGAUGAUCAGAACCAAAAGGACAUGGAACAAGCCAAAGAGAUGCUGGAGAAGGAUGGAAUCAAAGAAGAGGUAACUGUGGUCAUGCCGUCUGCUCCACCAACAAACCCCAGUGAUCCAACGCCCACCAACCAAACCACUGCACCUCCAUCAGAGACCAAAGCUGAAGAAAAAGAUCAGGAGGAAAAUUCAAAUUCUGAGAUAAUGACUGCACCAAAGCGGUCACUCAUUUCAUUUUGCAAGGAUGGUCCACCUGUGAAAUCCAGAAGAAAGUCUGCUGCUCCAACAAAACUUGGGAACUCUAGUCCAGGUUCCACCCCUGCUUCCACUGUAAAGAGUUCUUCUCCCGAGCUGGACCUGAAGAUCAAACAGGAGAUGACGGAGGAGAGUGAAGGUGAAGCGUCAGUUCCUCCCCCUCCUCACUCGGCGUCAAGUGGUGAUGAGCUCCCAACUGUCACCUACUCCACAGCCAGCAUGAUUGCUUCCAUGAACCCACUGCUUCUUGCAAACCACGCUGCUGGGCCAUGUCUACUUGGGGCGGGCCUUCUCCCGCGACUACCGUCUGCAUCUAAUCUUGGUGUUAGUGCUAUGAUGAACCUGCCCAUCUCUAUCCAGGUCCCCAGUGAGCCCCCCACCACCAAGAGCCCCUCCCCUACUCAAUCCUGCUCAUCCAACUCACAGGCUUCGCCAUCUGAUCCGGACAUGCUGGUCGGAUGUCCCAGGGUACAAUGGAAUGCUUCGUCGGGGGCGGACUCGCCGCCUCUGUCAUAUGGCAGAGAUUCUUCCGAUCGGAAACCUCUUCCCGACUGGCAUCCCCUGUCUAAACUGGCUCUGAACCAGAUCGUCACCCAUGAUGGUCGCAAGGUCACCUCUCUGUCGCGUACACAUUCCAGAAAAUUUUCUGCCAGGUUGCAUGUAGUCAACCAACCAGUUGAUAGGGAACAGGUUUGCAAACCCACAAUCCUGGCUGAUGGGCGCACCGUCUACCGAUGUGUGUUUUGCUCCAAGGACUUUCUGUCAUUCUCUGAUAUCAACCGACACAUGGACUUCCAUGAGGAUAUCCGGCCAUACAAGUGUCAGUACUGUGACUACUAUGCUCGAACAAACAGUCAGCUGAAAGUCCACAUGAUGCGGCACCAGGGCAUUCGUGAGUUCUGCUGCAAGCUGUGUAACUACAAGGGUGUUACCCAGUCGGAUCUGAACCGGCACAUGAAAUCUCAGAUACAUAUGCUCAAGUCUCGCAAUGAGUGCCAGCGCUGCGGCGAAGGCUUUGUCACACCGAAAAACCUGGAGAAGCAUCUGGAGGGCAACUGCCUCAGCAAGGUCCACAAGUCUGAGAGUUUGGACAGUGGGGAAUAUAACGACUGAUCUGUAUGGUCUGUCCCGCCGUCGCCGAACAGGAGCUCCACAACUGUGUACAAUGUUUCCUCCGAUUAUUUCGUUACAUCUUUUAGUAUGGUUUACAAACUUUAUGUCCAAAGUCUUUCAGUUCACAAGUCUCAUGUAUUUUCGUCAUGUUAGCAUCAAGAAAUCACUGAAUUUUAGCUGCGUAUUUCCUUUUAUGACAUACAUGUUCAUACAUUAUCAUCAUGAGCAGACAGGAGUUAUUGCCUUUUGAUUAUGAGUGAUUGUAUUGUGUGUAAUCAAGGCAUUUUUGGAUAACUACCUCGUAUUAGCAAUCUCAUAUUUAGCCAUCACAAGUAGCUACAAUCUGUAGUAUUUGUUGUGUUAUGGUACAUAUGGAAUCAGAGUAAUAUUCACCUCACAGCUCAUCGCUACACAUCAUAUCAGUACACAACAUGGAGGAAGCAUUGUGCUCGAUUGUUUCAGGGCUUUUGUUUAAAAAUUGCAGUAUUUGUAGAGACGUUAGAUCUUUGUGAAUUACAGGCAGGUAGAAUUUAUUGUUUUUCUACAGCAAUAAUGUUAUCAAAUCAAAAUGAUGUAUAUUCUGUUAUAUUGCUGCAAUGUGUAUGAUAUGUUAUAUCGCUGCGAUGUAUAUAUUGGCCAGUUUCCUCGUUACAUUCACCAUCAAUCAUUGUUAUCAAUAUCACAUGAGAGUUACCUCCCUUUGGUUACAUCUACCCGUGCGGCAACGUAGGAACUUUCUCCCUCAAGAUAGUGAAAGUGCUGCACAUGUGAAGUUGUUCAGAGUUGUACAGAUGAGAAGCACUGUUAUUGCUGGAACUAAGCACUGCUGUAAACUGCCUCCAGGUGGUGAGAUGCAGCUACAGGGAGGUAACUCUUGCAAGACUAUCAUGUUGAAAUGUGUAUAUCUGCUCCGUUGUUGAGACGUUGUUUGUACAGAACCAGUUUGAGGAGGAUGAUUACAGACCAGAAAAUCCAGUUGUGUACUUGGACCUCAUUGCUAUUUUAUGAAAUAUUUUCAAAUUAUUUACACAAAUGAAUUUGUUUGGAGACUGUUUGGGAUGGUGCUCUAGCACUGUUGGUGGUGUGGUCUGUUAUCAACAAGUUGACUCUCGUCAAGUAGACUUUGCAUAAAUAGGAAAUACACUUACGUGGAAGCCCUCUUUUGAUCCUACAGAAGAUUUCCUUCAUAAAUACCAAAAGGUAAAGAGCGCCUGAUCCGUUCAAAUCAUUGUGAAAACUAUCCUGACACAUUAAUUAUAGUAUUAUGAAUGAAUUGUCUAUUCUUUAUCUCAAUCGGUAAAUCUCAGUUGACUACCUACCUAAAUGGGGGCGGUGGGGUAGCCUAAUGGUUAAAGCGUUGGUUCGUCACGCCGAAGACCCGGGUUCGAAUCCCCACAUGGGUACAAUGUGUGAAACCCAUUUCUGGUGUCCCCCGCCGUGAUGUUGCUGGAAUAUUGCUAAAAGCGGCGUAAAACCAGUCAGUCAGACCUACCUAAAUGUUGGCUGGUUUGCUCCACUGUAUUUGUACACUGAAACCUUUUAAAUCUGGACACCUCUCUUUUAAGGGGAUCAGCAAAUUUCUGAACAGCUAAUUAUUGGUAGGGAAUAAUAUAUUGUUUGGAUAUAUGUGGGUCCCUAUCUAAAGUGUGUGGAUGGUGGGCCUAUUGGAUCUUGCUGUAUAACAGGUGAUGAGUUACCCAGACAUGUGCAAGCCAGGUUCCACUGGUGCAUCACCAUCUUUUACCAAUUGUGAUCUAGGAUUUAUCCAAAGUCAAAAUGUGAUUGAAAGGUGUUAUAGAAUUGUGUGGAAGACAGUUUUGGUUACUACUUAACGAGAGUCGACUGACUGGAAUGUCAGUCCACAGUUUGAAAGUCGCUGGGUGUUCACACCAGUAUCAGGUCCCUGGCCUACACACUGUCCCUCUGAACAUCUACUUGAAUGAAUUAUACCAUUGAACAAAACCAUCUUUCUGGAUUUAUCUAACCAGUACGUGUCCGAGGAGUGACAGUGUGUUGCCACGGAGAUGGUGUGAGCAUGUACAACUUGGCCAUGGUCUGAGGAUUGUCUGGAUGUUACGGUGUUGACAACACCAUCAGGACAGACCAUAUGUGAUGGUUACCAUGGUAACAGUUCUAUGGAGAGAUACAGUAGAUGAUGGGCACAGUGGCACAAAUGGGACACUGUGUUGAUCAAGUUGAAGGUUGUUAUCCAGAGUGAUAUCUUCAUUUUAGUUGGGUGGCAAAUGCAUGUUGUUAUGUUGCCAUGGUGAAUGAUGAUAGAUGAAUGAAAAGGUACUGUAGGUAUCGCAGUGGCAUAUUGUUCAGUUGUGAAUGUCGAGGCCAUGAUUCCAUUAUUAAUGUUUGUUUACAGAAUAUAGUUUUAGAAUUGUUUUACCUUCCAUGAUUGUGAUAGAUCAUUUCAAAAGUUGCACUGGGGUGGCUCCUGUCAUGUCGGCCAUGUUGCCAUGGAUAUAGAGCGUAGCAACCAUUGAGACAAAUGAAAAUAAGGUGAAGACAUCAUUACAACCACUGAUUGUAUAGACAAAGCAUUGUGUGUUGAAACUAUAAGUGAUUAUCUUCACAGUCUUGUGUUCUAGUCAGUCCACAGUUUCUCAGUCAUCAGUAGGAAACAUGUCAGAGAAUCUUAUUUGUGAACAUUUGAUGCUUUUGGCAAAUGCUUGACUAGAUUGUUGCUCGGAAGAUACAUUUUUUCAUGAAUCUACCUAAAACAGAGAGGUGUUUUGUGUCUAUGUUGCUAUGGUUCACUGACCGGCAGUGGUGGGAGCCACUGAGUUUAUACUGUCUGAUAUUUUUCCACAUUUUGUGAUAGCUGGUGAUGAGUUUGGGAAGCAUCAAGUCUCUGUGAAUAUUGAGUCAAUGUGCGACCCAGAGAUGGGUCCAGCAGUCAUGUUGUCGUGACAACAGGAACAGGGUGGCUCUGUAAACUGUGUGAUUGCUCAUGUGGACAACCUUCGGUUGAUUUCCUGAAUACUCCUGCCUAGAUAUGGGAUGAUUAUUGGCACAUGCAAGGUCAAUUUUCUUAAAUUAAUCGAAGAUAUUUCAUUUAGUUUGUGUUUAUAUUAUGUGGAAGAGAAAACUGUUAGCUGUUACAAAAAGCGUGGUUUUGUCAGGGGAGAUACAGUUCUCACCUGGCCCACUGUCAAGUGCUAAUGUACUAUUCCCAGAGACUUGGUGCCCUGCAGUGGACUGACUGGGUGGUGGAGACCAUUGUGAUUGGAGGUGGACAUGCUGGGCUCCACUGUUGGUGGAUAUGUAGUAACAGCCCAGAGAUUGUGGAAAUCCAUGUUGAGUUGUACAGAAAUAUGUAAAUGAGAUUUUAUCAUGUUAUUGUUUAGAUAGAUUUAUGUUCCGUGUGGUGGGCAUAUGGAUGUACAUGAAUGUCAGUGACUCCUAUGACGUGUGUAUAUUUUGGAACAGCAGUUAUAUUGGAGACUAAGUUUUACAAACCAGAAUUGAUGUAAAUCUGUUUUAGUACUUUUGUAGUGUUCUGUUUAACAGACUGAAGAGUUUUGAGCCUGUCCUCCAUGUUUUCCUUGUCUGUUCUCUCUCCUGUGUUGUCUCCCCUUCAUCAGUCUGUGUGUCUAUCCUGUUGUUAACAGGUACAAGUUAUCUCCCUUUCAUUACAAAGUUGUUUGAACUGAUCUCUUCAGAUCUCUUUGAUCAGAUGUGAACGAUUGUUGGCUGGCUUACAUUUCUGAAAAAAAGGUGAUCAAAACGUUUUCUGAAUUUAAUAAUUGCAAAAUGAUGUUCACAUUUUGGUAUGGGCAUCAUGAAAAAGGGAAAUAGCAUUCUGCCUGAUUGUCUUGACUUGGACUCAUAUUCGUUCCUACUCACAACUUGUUGAAACGUAAUUGUAUAUAUUGGAAAUUUGUUAAGAAUUUUCUAGUUCGGGGAUAUUAAGUGAUGAUUGUUAAUGUUUAUCAAAUUUUACUGUCUGUUAUAUGUACUGUAGAAUGUAUAACCAGGUCUUUUGCAAAAGUAACAUCUGGUGAUUCACUGUUACCAUGGUUACAAGAGGUAGAGUUUUCAGCUGUCUUGUAGAUCCGUGUUUCAAUAGAGAGGUACAUAGAUAGGGUAGAUAGAGCUGACUGUGAAAACAAUGAAGCAAUCAAAUUCUGUAAUUCCUUGUCGGUGUAUAGGUAGUUGAAUUCCCUGAGGUGUUUAAGGAAUUAGCAAACAUUUAACUGAUGAUGCAUUUAAGUCCUAUAGUCAACAAUCUGUUUCAGUGUUAGUAAGUACAUCAUGCUUGCUGUAACAAACUGUUAUGAGCAUUCAAAGGGCACUCAUUAUGUUUGAAAAACUGUUGAAGUGUUUUUCUGCCGUUAGUUGUGUUGUUUCCUGUUACACAUGUGAUAUUGUGGAUGCGUGAUAGACGAUACUUGUUAUGUUGCAUUCACCCAUCUUUCGGGGCCAAGCUUGUGUAAGAGUAACCUCAUAUGGUUGUAUUGAUGCUUUGUUUUGGCAAAUAUAUAUUUCCUUGAGUUUAACCAGAUUGUAUUUGUCUGAAUGUAUGUCUGUACGUCUGUGUUUUCUUUUCAUCCAAGGUGUGAGAGCAGUGUAGAUUUUGAACUUUUAUUACAAUUUUAGCAUUUUAUUAUUCAUAUACAUAGUGUACAUUGGGGCAGGGAUUCGGAACUUUGUAUUUGCAUAUAUCAAACUCAAUGAAGUAUUAUUGGGUCUCGAGAUGCUUCCUGAAAUUUUCUUAUUCUAUUUUGAUUUUGUUCGUGCGUGAAUUAAUGUAUACUGAAGUAGUAUGAUUUUCUUUGAUGCUCUUGAAAACACGACCUCCACUUCCGAUAGCAGUUUUGACAGUGAAAUAGCCUAGCAGUGGCAGUUUCCUACAUCGAAGUCCCAGGUUCAAUUCCCUAAGUGGGAACCCAAUGUAAACCCAACGCUUCUUGUCCUGAGACGUGAUGUGGCUGGAAUAUUGUUUA